GCUCAAAGCUGCUGCUGCUGCCUCGUCUCCAGACACUUCCUGCACCCACCGAGCCGCGGCUACACAGCCUGAGACCGGAGACAACAUGAGGAACAGAGACCUUCGUGAGGGAACGUGAGGAUUGACUAAAGGACGCUAAGAUGACAUAAACGAAGGACCCACCUAGAACUGUCUCCUUGUUUGUGUUUUGUUUUGUUUUCGUGUUCUUUUUUUUUGUUUUUGUUUUUUGUCUUUAUUGUUGCCUCACCUGUCUUACUUUGUGCUGACCCUCCUCUUGUGGAGCGUGUCAGUUUUUGGGACAUGAAACUUUAAUGUAUCACACUACUGUCUAGGGACUGACCUUGUCACGUGUCUUGUCUGCGUUGCAUUUAUCAAUGAGAUUCAAGAUAGCAAUAGAGGUAUCAAAGGUCUUGAUGUACCUGCACUUAUCAUAUCUUUGUGGCAUUAAUUAUAAAGCAGGCAGCACUUACCAUGCAAGAUACUUUACAGACAUUUUUAGUUGUGCAUUAAUUUAAUUUAAUUGUUAUAGCCUCCUUGUCUAAACAAGGUGUGUUUGCUUUUUUUUUUUGUCUUAUGCCUACUUAAUGGAUAUAUUUUUAAUGCAACUAAGAGUUUCAGUUUUGUCCAUUUGUGUAAUUAUUUAAAGUUUUAUUCUUAAUGUAAGCAGCUGCUAGGUUGCCUUAUGUUGCUAUCACAGUAGGCGGCAUUAAGUUGAAAUGUAAACUUAUUUUUGUACUUAUGCAAUCUUUGUGAAGAACACUUUUGUUGAGUUGACUGAUUUUACAUUUUUAAGACUCGUGGUCUCUGAAUAUGUUGAAGUAUUGCGUGUCCACCUUUCAAACUGGCAGCAAACUGUAGAAGCUGACGUCCUCAGAUCAAACUGUGAUGGGAGCUUUCUAACUGUGACGCAAAGACUGGUGUUUAGCAGUUCUCAUCUGUACUGGAUAAAUACUCUAAACAGAAGAAGCUAAACUGCAGGAAGUUUUCGUUUCUUUUCAAGUGAAGACAUAUCUGGAACGGAUAGACGGGGGACAGAAGACGUUGUCUCUUGAAUUAAAGCACUGAAGAGUAAGAAACCAUUUUGAAGAGAUUUCAGGGAUAAAGUUCUCAAGACAGACAUUCAGACACAUUUCCUCUGGUGAACCUUAAAGAUCUGUCCACUCAAUCCCCAAACUGUAGAAGACUAUAACCUGAAGCUCAUCAGACUGAUAAACUUUGUCCAUCUGAGCAUCGAGGAUGCGAUCUCCAGACCCUUCCUCACCUUCUCCAGCGGAAGCCCUCCUUCACGGGCAGUUUGCCAGCUGGGGAUCAGGCAGCAACAGCAACAAUAACAGCUGCCCCAACAGCCCUGGUGGUCCAGGAGGGCUCUCCCCCGCUGCCUCCCCGACUCCGGCCCCGGCGUCCAACUAUGCCCUGACGCUGACGCACACCCACAUACAUAUUCAGCGCCUGUCACCGCGGCCUGGAAAGGAAGCCCGUCUCCUGCUGCCUUUGUCGGAGCUGGUGGGGUGCAGCUGCCCUCGCUCCCCGGCGCCCCCCCUGCUGGUGCUGUACUGGUACCCUCCGGGGAAGCGGCGGAAAGGGGUGUCCCGGCGCCGGCAGGUGAGGGCCUACCUGGCGGAGAGCAGGCCCGAAGCGGAGAGGUGGUCGGCCGCCGUGCAGUGUCUACUCAGAGAUGUGACCGUGACUGCUGACACCGAGUUUUCAAGAAGUUUGCUACCUCGUCCCAGACGACUACUGUUAUUGGUCAAUCCCUUCAGUGGAAGGGGCCAGGCAAUGCAGUGGUGUCAGACCCACAUCCUGCCAAUGAUCAGAGAGGCCAACAUCAGCUACAACCUUAUACAGACAGAACGACAGAACCAUGCCAGAGAGCUCAUCAGAGAGAUACCUCUGCAGGAGUGGGAUGGCAUCAUCAUUGUUUCUGGGGACGGCCUGCUGCAUGAGGUCAUUAAUGGGUUGAUGGAGCGCCCAGACUGGGAACAAGCAAUAAAAACACCCGUCGGCAUUCUGCCUUGUGGCUCUGGCAAUGCACUGGCUGGCUCCAUCAACCAUAACGCAGGGUAUGACAUGUGCCUUCGAGAGCCCCUCCUUUUGAACUGCUGCUUUUUGCUCUGCCGAGGCGGCGUCCGACCCAUGGACCUGGUCUCUGUGACAACAAGUCCCGCUCCCUCCAACAACAGCCGCGCCGCAGCGCCCAGGAGACUGUUUUCCUUCCUCUCUGUUGCCUGGGGCUUUGUGUCCGAUGUGGACAUUGAGAGUGAGAGGUAUCGUGGCCUGGGCUCAGCUCGCUUCACCCUCGGCACCUUGGUGCGCAUAGCUUCUCUGCGAUCCUACAAGGGUCGCCUGUCCUUCCUGCCGCCCUCUGUUGUCAGCGCGUCGCCGGACGUGACGCCUCCUCCGCCGAGGAGACCCCUCUCCCGCAGCAUCACGGAAGGCCUGGAGGGCUUCUGUCGAACGCCCAUCCAUCGCACCUGCUCUGACAUGGGCAUCAGUGAACAGAGGAGUCUGCGCAGGGGCGAGGGAGAGAGGGAAAAGGAGGAGAGGCAAAGAGAAAGGGAGAGGAGAAGGGAGAGGGCCAGAGGAGGAGGAACUGGUGUCGUGAGGGCGAGCAGUCUGGCGGAGGACAAGGAGAGGGAGGGGGAGAUGGAGAUGGAGGCAGAGGAGGAGAAGUCGGGGACGUGCUCGGAGAGGUCCGGGACGAGCUCCGAAUCCAACGAAAGGGACGACUGCAAUAUGAGAAGGGAAGAAAGGUUGACGAGGAUCAAGGAUGAAAGGGAAGAUGAGGGAACAGCAGAGCAAGACUCUGGGAACAUGGAGAUGGAGGAGGAGGAGGAGGAGGUGACGGGGAAGGAUGGGGAAGACAGCGGCGGUUCCGUAGAGGGGGAGGGAGUGGUGCAUGCAAGAGAGCUGGGAGAGAGCUACGGCGUGGACAUGGGUCGAGAGGCAGACGAGGAGCCGAGGUGUUGUAACGCGUACGAGGACGGUCUUCAGGAAACCAGACAGGUGCUCAGGAAGAACUCAGCCCCGUCGAGCCAGAUAGCCGACGCUCUCUUCAGCCAGCCGCUCAGUCGGGAGGCUGACACAAACUCUCAAACUUCAUACAGGGUCGAGGACAUGGAUCUCAACGGAACCUACUACCAGAAAGACGCUUAUCCACAGGAUGUCCCCCGCGAACGCUCGCUCACCAUCUCGUCUCCUUUCCGUCACUCUCCCUUCUCCUACAAGCCCAAAACCCUGGACCAAAACCAGAACGCCUCCCGGCCGAGGCCCCUCUCACUCCUCCAGCACUCCCACUCCAACUCCCUCCCCCCUAAACUCCCCUCCCUCUCUUUGUCUCUGUCUCCAACACCUCCAUCUUCCCCCUCGUGCGCCUCCCCACACUCAUCGUCCUACCUCGUCCCCCGUCCCAACACCCCAAAUUCGAGCUCGCCCUCGCCCUCUUUACGCACACCGUCCUCAUCUUUUAACUUCGAUAUCGCCGAACCAGCAGGGCCAUUCAAGAACUGUCCAUUUGUCUCACUGCCUUUAAAUCUACCGAGGGACGACUUGUUACCCCCCCUCGACCAACCCCUCCCGACCCAAGAUUGGGUCACUAUCGAAGGGGACUUUGUCCUGGUCCUGGCCCUUUAUCAGUCCCACCUCGGGGCCGACCUCCACGCCGCACCCCAGGCCAAGUUCGACGACGGGCUGAUCCACCUGACGUUCGUGCGGGCAGGGAUCUCCAGAGCCACUCUGCUGAGGCUGUUCUUUGCCAUGGAAAGAGGAACCCACCACUCGGUCAGCUCGCCGUACGUGAGCCACGUCACCUGCAGGGCCUUCAGGCUGCAGCCUCUGUCUACGCGAGGAACGCUCACCGUGGACGGAGAGCUUGUUCCAUACGGACCGCUCCAAGCACAGGUUCAUCAGUCCAUGGCGCGUCUCAUUGUUGGAGACUCGGGUGUGAAGGUUACCAGAUUCUGAUAAGAGACUGGUUGAGGUGAUUGACAUAUCAGCAGCACUCUACUUUAUUACAUAAUCUCCGCUGUCAUCUCUGCUGGGGGGGGGGGGGGGUAUCAUAGAGACUUAAAAUAGCCUGGCCUGGAUUGCAGAAACUGCUUUUCUGGGGAUUAUUGAAAGGGAUAACCCACCGAGCCACACAACAUUGGAGCAUGACUGCAGGGAUUAAUAGCGAAUUUGAAAAUGGAUGAAAAAUGCGUCUCAUUGCACAGCUGUUGUAUUACGCUCAGCGUACCUUUGCGAAGCAUGAAAACUGCACAGCCUGGGAUAAUAAGAGGGAAGAACAAAAGAAUGUUUAUGUUUUUGUUUUUUUGUGCGGAGAGUGCAUGUGUUGGAUGUAUACGUAGUAGUAUGCAUGCGGAAAAGCACUACCUGAGUUUUGCCUUACAUUGAGAUGGAGAUUAAUCAGAUUCGAUUCAGAGAACGUUGUCUUUAAACAUGAAAAGUCAUAAAAAAUACGUUGAGAUUCACUUGGGUCGGCACCCGUGACAAUUGCCCCUGAUCCUUUAUCUUCAACCUCACCUCCACUUCUGAUGUCUGAAUCCAAAACCUUGGCCCUUUAGAGGAAUGCCUUAUCUGGCACUGUACAGUGCAGUUGUACCUUUGCCCCUUUUGUCUUAUGUAAGGAACCUGAAUCUUCUUUGUCCACCUACGUAGAGUCAGUCAACUACUUCAAAACAAUCUUUUCAGCAUGCUACUCAACCACUGUUAAGCAUCAGUAGACGAGAUGUGGCGACGAGUACACUUUAGCUCACACUAGUGAAUCAGUGUAAAGCAGCGAGAUCAAGCUUUUCGUGGUCAUCACUCGAGAAGGAACGAUGGCACCGUUGAACGGUGGACCAUUAUUACUUUGCAUAAUCUGCUUGUUUCUCUCGUGGAUGCACGAUGAUGAUGAUGAUGUCAGUGAUAUCAGUCUUUGCAACACAUUGAACAUAAAAAUGUCUGAACAAAGCAAGCUUUUUUUGUCAGUGCUUUUAGCCUGUUUGUUUUUUUAAAAAAAAAUCUCAGAAUCACAGCUUUAGCCCUCAACACUAUUUUAGACCUAGCCUACAUCAGUAUCUCUGAGUUAAGCGUAACUAGAAGACAUUACCUGCCUCAGUUAGGUCGUCAGUAGUGCAUUUAUUUUGCACAAAAACUGGAGUUGAAGCACCACAGGAAAUCACACUAGAAUGCGUAGUAGUACCUGGACACAACUAACACAGUCAGAUGCAGUGUUUUAUUUCAGAAAAUGGAUGCGUUAGUGUAGGUAGCCUAGGUCAGAUACUAAUAAAUGAAGCACAUUACAUUAAUCAAAUGGUGUUGCAAUUUUAAACACUGACAGUUGACUUUAGAAACUUCAAAAUCCUGCAGUAGACAUAAAGUAGUCCACUACACUGAAAAUUCAGCAGUGCUGUGUUGUCAGAUAAGAUAUUUGAUCAUGAGAUAAAUCUGCUUGACGAAAAGCAUUUUGCACUGUGAUAAAUUUGCCUGACAGACCUGUAUUUAACAAAAAAACAAAAAAAUAAAAUGUCUUGAGAACAAUUGAUGAAAACUGAGAACAAACAGCAGAUUUGGAUCCCUACAAGAAAUUGUUGUGCUGUAGGAAUUGAUUUUGUUCUGAUAAAACCUGCUGAUAUAUUUGGUCUGGACAAAGUAUAAAUCGAUAGCAUGUGCAAUGUAUCAAUCAGUAGUGAGAUCAUGUGCCAACUGCUUUGGUCAUCAGAAACAUACUGUACGUCCUGGUCUUGCCUGGACAAAUCAAUGCCUUUGUAUUAUAAGCCUGUAAAUUCUGGCUGUUGAUCAUGAACUGUUUAAACCUGACUGCAGAAAAUGGAGUAAAAUGUUUUGCUUACCACAAUGAUAGUUGUGCUAUUAUUUUAUUCCUUUAAGCGCACAAUGCAGCUAGACUACCACAGUUUCCCUGUGCUUACACGGAUACAGAAUGUGAUUGCAACAUUUUACGUCUGGGCUUGGAAAAUUACCAAAUAGAAGAAUCUAGAAACACAAAAUGUUUACUCUCGAUGUUCAAGAGGACUAGUUAUGACAGUUUACCUUCCUAAAAUUUUUGUCGUCUAUGGCCAUAGCUGGGACCAUGGUGUUAUAGAUGAAAUUGUAAUUAUUACUAAAAAAAAAUGAAAGCGUAUACAAUGUACAGUUAAUAGUUAUAUAUGAUGAUUUGAAUAAACAUAACUUCAUAAGUUUGUCUGGAGCAAA